AUGUCAACAACAGAGAACACAACAACAGUUAUAGUCCAUGAAGCUAUAAAUGAAGAAUAUGAGUACAUACAGUUUAACAAACAACUCCGUCUCAUUCGUUCGGUCAAAGACGAUAUGUACCAAAUGCAAAGUAUUUUGACAGCAUGUUAUGCUCCAGAUACUAAGCUUCCUAAAGACUGGUUUAGGAACCAAAGCACACAAGAACUUUUGAGCGAAGCACAGCGAGACAUACUUUUUUCUGAAAACAGUGAAGAACAGCGAGUAGGUAAAAAACCCCAGUCGCCAAAACUCUAUGAAAAUCGUGAAAAAUUGCCAAACGGUUUGAGAGGAUAUUAUGUACAUAGACUUCUUGUAAAUGCUGUUGCAAUGUGGGCUUCACAUCGUUAUGCUUGGUAUAUUUACAGACUUCUUGACGAAAUUCAUAGACAAGAACGUGAAGAGAUGGAAAAGAAACUUCAUGCAAAAGAUGAAGUCAUUGAAGCAAAAGACAAAAGCAUUCAGAAAAGAAUACCACGUUCGGUACCAAAAGGAAAGGAAAAGAACUAUAAGUAUAUGAUUUAUACUGAAGAGAUGGAAAAUGAAGAAGAUAAAGAUAUGGUUAUGUUGCAUUUAGUCAGAAGAAACAACAAAAGCUUUUACGACCUUGCUAAGAUUUACAAAUCUGACAGAAAUUGGUUCUAUCGCGAAAACUUACCGAUUUCAAUGACCCCAAAUGAAGAUGUGAAACAAAUAGUUCAAGAUACGUUACCUCAAACACACUAUGAUAUUAAAGGUUGUACAAUACUUACAUUCAAAGAAGAUUUGUCAUUGUUAAAGGAAAAAAUAACAGAGUAUUUUGACAACUUCAAACAAGCAGAGUAA